UUACAUUCUUCUCGUUAAAAAAUGAAAAUAUUUAACCAAUAUUCCUCAUUUAUUGGCGUUUUUGAGCUUUAUUUAUGUGUGUGUAGAAUUAUUAGAAAGUGUAUUAGUGUGUUAUUUGCUUCAACAUGGCAUGGCUUCACCGCAAUCACCGCCAUAUUAAUCAGUUUCCGUGGAAACCGUCAAAACAAACGUCUAUGCGAAAAUGUUAGGGAUGGCAUCUUAAAAUUGUAUCAAAAAAUUAUCUUAUAAAAAAGUAAAUGAUGAAGAUUUCUCCAACUUGGGUUGAUAAAGUUCAAGAUAAAUCAGAACGAUGUAUAUAUGAUUUAUGCUUUAAUCCAGACGGGACUCAAUUAGUUAUUGCUGCUGGGCAGCAAGUUCUUGUUUAUGAAACUAGUGAAGGUGCUUUGAUUCAACCGUUAAAAGGGCAUAAAGAUGUAGUUUACUGUGUGUGUUAUGCAAGAGAUGGUAAAAAAUUUGCAUCAGGAAGUGCAGAUAAAAGUGUUAUAAUUUGGACAUCAAGAUUAGAGGGUAUACUGAAAUAUUCACACAAUGAAGCUGUUCAAGCUAUGCAAUUUAAUCCAGUGUCACAUCAGCUCUUGAGCUGUUCUCUAUCAGAUAUAGCAUUUUGGUCCCCAGAACAGAAAGCAAUUGUAAAGCAUAAGUCGAGAGGAAGGGUCAAUUGUUGUGCUUGGACAAGCGAUGGUCAAUACCUAGCCAUUGGACUGACAACUGGCUAUGUUUCUAUUAGAAAUAAAAAUGGAGAAGAACAGAUACGUAUUGAAAGACAAAAUGGAGUACCUAUUUGGAGUUUAUUGUGGAAUCAUCAGUGGGAGGAUCCAAAUGAUGUCCUUUGUAUCGCAGAAUGGAACGGAACUAUAUCCUUUUAUUCAAUGUCAGGAAAACAAGUUGGGAAAGAUAGAUUAUUAAAUUUUAUUCCUCUUAAAAUGUGUAACUUUGCAGGAGAUCAAUACAUUUUAAUUUCUGGAAGUAAUAAGCAAUGUGUAUUAAUGACAUAUGAUGGAAUCAAGUUAAUCAAUAUUGGUAAUACAUUUUCUUCUUGGGUUUGGAGUUGUGCUGUACAUCCAUCAUCUACACAUAUUGCACUUGGUUGUCAAGAUGGUACAAUAACAUAUUUACAGUUAUCAUGGGAUGUUAUACAUGGAUUAUAUGGAGAUCGGUAUGCAUAUAGAGAAAAUAUGACUGAUGUAAUAAUUCAAAAUUUAAUUACUAGCCAAAAAGUCAGAAUCAAAUGUAAAGAUUUGAUUUAUCGUAUUGCAGUAUAUAAAAAUAGAUUAGCAGUUCAGUUAUCCGAACGUGUGAUAAUAUACGAACCAUCAAAUUCUAACGAUGGAAUGCACUAUCGUAUACGUGAAAAAUUAAAUCAAGCAUUGAACUGUAAUUUACUUGUGGUCGCAGCAAAUAAUUUAGUUCUAUGUACUGAGAAGAGAUUACAAAGUUUAUCAUUUAAUGGAAUUAUAGGAAGAGAAUGGAUACUUGACGGACUAAUAACUUAUAUAAAAGUUGUCGGUGGACCAGCUGGACAAGAAUGCCUUAUUGCAGGUUUAAACACAGGUUACAUAGUGAAAAUAUAUUUGGAUAACCCAUUUCCAGCGUAUAUAGCAAAAAUAGAAAGUUCUGUAAGGUGCCUUGAUAUUAGUUCAUUAAAGGAAAAGCUUGCAGUUGUUGGUGAUCAUGGAAUUCUUUCUGUGUUUGAUUUGUAUACAGAAGAGAAACUCCAAGAAUUUCAAACUGUAAACAGUGUAGCAUUCAACAGUACUUUUGAAGAUAUAAUGUGUUUCUCUAGUGGAGAGUAUUUAACAAUUAAAGUUGGAACAUUUACGGAAUAUAGACAAAAAUUUUCUGGAUUUGUUGUUGGUCAUAAUGGAUCAAAAGUAUAUUGUUUAAAUGGUUCUUCUAUUGUUACAAUGGAGGUGCCGUUAUCGCUGUUUAUGUAUCAGUAUUUAGACAUCGGUCUCUUUUCUCAUGCUUAUAAUAUCGCAUGUCUUGGAGUGGCGGAUUCUGACUGGUUUUCCCUAGGCACUGCUGCUUUGGAAAACUUGGAAUUGAAUAUAGCAUAUGCUGCUUUUGCCAGAAUAAAAAAUCUAAAAUAUAUAGAAGUUCUGUCUGAAGUGGAAGAGAAACUGAAAUCCGGAGAAUGGGGAAAAGAAGCAUGCAUGGCUACUGCUGCGGCUGCUAUGGGAAAGUUAAAGGAUGCUGCAAAACUUUUCCAAAAAGCUGGUUUGCAACAAUAUGCAUUAACUAUGUAUUCUGAUCUACGGAUGUUUGAUAUUGCGCAAGAAUUUAUUGUUAAUGGAAAUAACCAGGACCGUACAAUCCUACUCCGUAGAAGAGCAGAAUGGGCAAAAAGUCUUGGGGAACCUCGUGCUGCAGCAGAAAUGUUUCUUUCAGCGGGGGAUAUAGAUCGCGCGAUUAACAUAAUUGCAGAAUAUGGCUGGAUCGAUAUGUUAAUUAAAGUAGGCAGACAACUUGAUAAAUUGGAUAGAGAUAAUCUAACAGUGAUUGCUAAAAAGUUAAAAAAUUUGGGUGCAACACAUGGUGCAGCUGAAAUUUUUAGUCGUUUGGGAGAUGAUCCUGAUGUAGCGGAUGUUUUAGUGGAAGCUCAAGCCUGGCCAGAGGCAUUUGAAUUAGCUGAAAGAAAUCCUAAAUUAAAAGCUAGAAUUUAUGGACCAUACGCUAGAUGGUUAACGGAAACUGGUCAUUUUUCUGAAGCUCAGGAAGCAUUUCAGAUAGCUGGCCAAUCAGAUGAAUCCAUAACAGUCUUAACAAUGUUAGCAAAGAAUGCAGUAACUGAAGAAAGAUUUCGCGAUGCUUCUUACUUUUACUGGCUUCUUUCUCAAAUCAGUUUAAACCUCAAUAAAAAUGUUGAGGAAUUGCGAAGUAUGUUUCUUCAGUAUCAUGAGAAAGCUGAAAUUUAUUAUGCUUAUUAUGAAAUACAUAAAUAUGUUGAAGAACCAUUUACAUCAUUAAUGCCAGAAGCACUUUUUAACAUUUCACGAUUUCUUUUAACAAAAACUGAAAACAUUCAAAUAGAAGGGGUUUCGAGAUUUACUAUACUAUAUACUUUAUUGAAACAAGCAUCCUUUCUUGGUGCUAAUAAAUUAACAAUGCAGCUGUUCGAAAAGCUACGCAAAACAAAAAUUCCAACGAAUCAACUUAGCCAGUUAGAAGUUUUGAAUUUAAUGUCUCGAGCCUCUGCUUAUAAAGAUCCCGAAGAUCUUUUGCCUCUUUGCUAUAAAUGUUCAACUUUUAACCCUUUGUUGCCCUCAAGUAAUCAAGGACAUUGUGUUCAGUGUGGUUUAAAAUUUCAAUAUUCCUUCGUAAUGUUUGAAAUUUUACCAUUAGUUGAAUUUGAAUUAGAAGAAGGUAUUUCAGACGAAGAAGCAGAAAAAUUAAUAAAUGAGUCACUAACUUCAUAUAAUGAUACAUCAGAUAAAGAUCAACUUUCUGUUACUUCUGAAGUAGAUCUCUUUACUGCACGUUUAAUGAAAUAUGAGGAAAAAUUGAACAUUUCCAAUAUUAUUGUGGGGAGAAAUGUUUUGAGAAGUAUGGAUCCAUGUACUGUAUUAAUUACAAAGUGGCCAAAACCAUUCAAAACAAAAUAUUUCAAAAAUUUGUUACCUGAUCUACAAAUUACUUUCUGCAAGUCUUGUUUAAAGCUGUUUCAUUUAGAUGAUUAUGAAUUGGCUUUAUUACGACAUGGGUAUUGUCCAUUUUGCAGAACAUCAAAUAAAGUCUCUGAUUAAAAUUUGUUAUCAAUUUAAGUAUAUUUAUGUUAACGCAAUUUUAUUUCUUUACU